AUUGCCAUCCUCAUUGAGUCUUGCCCUAGCCCAGUGCCAACCCAGACCGGGUCAUCUUCGGCUAGCCAGUGCGCUAAACACGCUAGCCGAGCCUGGAUUGGAUGCUGAUAUCUCUUGUAGAGUGAGAUGAAGUAAUGGUAGCUAGCAACAGUACCCCUCCUCCCUAAUACAAGACAACUCAAAUCCAACACGCACCUGCUCAACGCCUAGCUUCAUUCCUCAAGAUGGCGGGCUCUGGCAUCAGUCAGUUUGGGGAGCCUGACAGUCCAAACAAAAACAACCUUUCCCCAAUCGAAUCGGAUGCUGCUUUCCAUGCGGAGCCUCUCAACAGCGCAAACGCGUUCAAGAUCGAAGAUCACGCGACCAAGACUGAUCCAUCGUUCAUUCAGAACCAGAUUUCUAUCCAGAGAAGUCCCUCCAAUGCUAUCUCCCGGGCCCUCUCUACCAAAUCAAAUGGAAGCCCAACUCUCAGCCGUUCGGCAAUCGCUGGCGCUGGCGUUCUUUCAGACAAUAGCGAGCAGGAAUGCCGCGGUCGUGGAGGCGACUCAGAUGUCAACAUGACUGAAGACACAAACAACUGUACUCUAAAAAAGUCAUCGUCGACUUCCACAGAUCGAUCUGCUAAAUCUACACGUUCCAUGAAGUCAGUUCGUUCUGUCAAUGCCGUUGGCAGUUAUCCACUGGGUAGUCUUCGCGUUCACUCACCCUCCCCAACCCGAUCGCCAGACAUCGACAACCAUGAAUUUUUGAAAUCCGGAGACGUGAUUGUGAUCCGUGAUAUUCCCCCAGGAUCAAUCAUAGGAUAUGAUACCAGGAGUUUCACUAUCAAGGCUGGUGAUAACUUUGAAGGCAUCAAGGAUAUUCCACCCGGCGCGCAUUUUGUAUGGGGCGGUUCUGGUGCUGCUUCACUUCGUACCGGAUUCUGGAUCAUGUCAGCAAAGAGAGCUUCUGACGAACUUGGAGAGGUUCAUGUCAAGAGAUGGAAUAGCUACGAUGAAACUCUGACCGAGGAAGUCAGUGCAGCGGAAAUCAGGAUUCAAAAAGCAAGUGUUCCUGAGAUCUUCGACAAGCUUCAGACGUAUACUAUUAGCAACCCCACGAAAUCGCAAAGCGUUCCCGGAAUGACACAAUUUGAUGCAAAGGGUUCGAACAUCUGGAAUCACUUGACUUCGUCCAUGAAAGGAGCUCUGCUAACUAAAAUCACCGGCAAACCUUGGAACCAUUGGCAAGUUUCCUCCACCCAUGACUACCAGCCUGCAGUCGGACGCAGCGUAGCAGAUGAUCCUAUGGGCUUUCGCCAUGAUGAAGUGCUUAAAUUUGUCUUCCCUCGGGACGACAGAACCUUCUCUACGGAUUCAAUUGGGCGCGAUCGUACAGAGCAGGCAAUGGAUUCGAGCUCUCAUAUCAUGGCUGUCAUCACGGGGAGUUGCACCUAUGAAGAUUCUGAUGAGAUUAUCGGUGAAUUACAAUUCUGCUACAUCACUGGGAUGAUUUUGGGCAAUGUCGCGUGUAUGGAGCAAUGGGCUCACAUAGUCAAGGCACUCUUCCGGGCUUUUCGUCUCGCUUUGGAUUUACCUGUUUUCUUCCGCAAAGCUAUCGAGGCAGUCCAUGCUCAGCUCAUCUAUGACGAGGAAGGUCUUGAGGGUAGUAUUCUUGACCACGACCCAAACCUUGCCGAGGAUCUGAAGAUGCUUCUCACUGUUUUCAAGAGCCGGUUGAAUGAGAUGCUGCUUGCUCAGGGUGUCAAUCUUACCAACGAGCAAAAUGCGGUUGGAAAAGCAUUCGAGGAAUUUGAAUCUUGGCUGUGGAAGUGGGGAUGGGACUUGCGAGGCAACUACGUUCGUUCUGGCAAGAUCCAGCUGGAGGAUGGAGAAUUUGUUGAUGCGGAGCUGACGGAUUUCGAAGCUGAGGACGAACGAGGUGAGUACGCGCCGGUAAUGGUGGACCUCGACGAAGAAGGGCACGAGAGAGGUCUUAUUCGUCUGUAGAUGGGCAGUCUAAUCUGGUGUUGUGCUCUUAGGUCAAAUGCAGGAUAAGAGUCGUUCCCGACAUGGUUCUCGCUCAGGUGGGAAAAUGCGAUGGAAGUUCUAGUCGACUUCUGUCAAGUUUUUUUUAUCUUUUCAGCAUUAAAGUUCUUCGCAAGUGCAUCAAACACUAUUCGACUCUUCAUUUC